UUUUUCAAAAAAUUCCGUAAAUUUUAUAUACUUAAAGGAAGAGCCGGAAAAUGUUCAAAGAGCUUGUACUGUUUGUGCACACAACGGUUCGCAAUUUUUUCCUGGCUCAAUCUGGCCAAGUCGCCCGAGGCUCUGCCUGCCGUCCUUUGAUUAAGAACCGCUGGUGGACCAAUGUGAUCUUCUUUAUUGCGGUAUUCACACCGCUCUAUGUCUGUCUGCUGAAGGAUGUGUUUGGGCUGCUGCGUGACUUGAACUACAAGGCUAACAGGAACGAUUAGGUCAUGAGUGCUGCAGGAUGUCCUUCAGCCUACAGUCACACACAGUGUAUAUAUAUUUAUAUAUAUUUAUAUAUAAAUGUGUUUGUUGGUCAGAGUUUCGAGUAACAGCAAUAGUUAAAUAAAUAUAUAUUUGUGUCGGUUUUUGGACGUCAA